CGCCGGAUGUCCCGCCCCGGAAGCCGGAAGUGGGGCCUAGGUUGCGGAAACGGCUUCGGGGCUGCGAAGAAGAGUCAGCGAAGGAGCUUGAGAAAGAGAGAGGGAUCGAGAGGCGCCAUGGGACGAGGAGGCGGCACCUUCGAGCGGCUUCUAGAUAAAGCUACCAGUCAGCUUCUUUUGGAGACAGACUGGGAGUCCAUCCUACAGAUUUGUGAUAUGAUUCGCCAGGGUGACACUCAGGCUAAAUAUGCUGUGAGUGCAAUAAAGAAGAAAGUGAAUGAUAAGAAUCCACAUGUGGCUCUCUAUGCACUGGAGGUCUUGGAGUCUGUGGUAAAGAACUGUGGACAAACAGUCCAUGAUGAAGUGGCUAACAAACAGACCAUGGAAGAGCUGAAGGAAUUGCUGAAGAGGCAGGUUGAAGCCAAUGUUCGCAACAAGAUCCUGUACCUAAUCCAAGCAUGGGCCCAUGCCUUCCGCAACGAGCCCAAGUACAAGGUUGUCCAGGACACGUAUCAGAUCAUGAAGGUAGAAGGUCAUGUUUUCCCAGAAUUCAAAGAGAGUGAUGCCAUGUUUGCAGCAGAAAGGAACUACUCUAUUUCUAUGUGGCAGGCUCCUGACUGGGUGGACGCAGAAGAGUGCCACCGGUGCAGAGUCCAGUUUGGGGUGGUGACUCGCAAGCAUCACUGUAGGGCGUGUGGGCAGAUUUUCUGUGGGAAGUGCUCUUCUAAGUAUUCCACCAUCCCCAAGUUUGGCAUAGAGAAGGAAGUGCGGGUGUGUGAGCCUUGCUAUGAACAUCUCAACAAGAAAGCAGAAGGCAAAGGGACUGCUAGCACAGAGCUUCCUCCUGAGUACCUGACCAGCCCUCUCUCCCAGCAGUCCCAGUUGCCUCCAAAGCGUGAUGAAACUGCCCUGCAGGAGGAGGAGGAGUUGCAGCUGGCAAUUGCAUUGUCCCAGUCAGAGGCUGAGGAGAAGGAAAGGAUGAGACAAAAAAGCACAUUUUCCACAUAUCCCAAGGCGGAGCCAACACCAAUUACUUCUUCAGCCCCUCCAGUUACCACCCUCUAUUCCUCACCUGUGAACUCAUCUGCACCUCUAGCUGAGGACAUUGACCCUGAGUUGGCUCGGUACCUGAACCGUAACUACUGGGAAAAGAAGCAAGAGGAGGUGCGCAAGAGCCCUACCCCUUCAGCCCCACUGUCUAUGGGGGAGCCAGCAGCUCAGUCUACUGAGGUCCAGCCUGCCCCACUCAGUGUAGUGGAGCAGCAGUACCAAAAUGGUGAGACAGAUGAGAGCCAUGAGCAGUUCCUGAAGGCUUUGCAGAAUGCUGUAACCACCUUCGUCAACCGCAUGAAGAGCAACCACCUACGGGGCCGGAGCAUUACCAAUGACUCAGCAGUGCUCUCGCUCUUCCAGUCCAUCAACAGCAUGCAUCCCCAACUCUUGGAGCUUCUGAAUCAGCUGGAUGAGCGCCGCUUGUAUUAUGAGGGACUUCAAGAUAAGCUUGCCCAGAUCCGAGAUGCCCGGGGAGCCCUGAAUGCUCUGCGGGAGGAACACAGAGAGAAGCUGCGCCGUGCUGCUGAGGAGGCAGAGCGACAGCGUCAGAUCCAGCUGGCUCAGAAACUGGAGAUUAUGCGGCAGAAGAAACAGGAAUACCUGGAGAUGCAGCGGCAGUUAGCUAUCCAGCGCCUUCAGGAACAGGAAAAGGAGCGCCAGAUGCGGUUAGAGCAACAGAAGCAAACAAUUCAGAUGCGGGCGCAAAUGCCUGCUUUCUCUCUGCCUUAUGCUCAGCUACAGGCCAUGCCUCCUGCCAGUGGAGUGAUCUACCAACCAUCAGGCCCCACAAGCUUCCCAGGCACCUUCAGCCCAGCAAGCUCAGUGGAGGGCUCACCUAUGCAUACAGUCUAUAUGAGCCAACCCACUCAGGGCAGCGCUGGGCCCUACACUGCCAUGCCUGUGGCAGGAACAGAUCCCAACAUGGUGAGCACCUACAUGUACUCAGCUGGAACUAACAGUGCACAGACAGCUCCACAAGGGCAGGCAGUGCCCACUACAAAUCCUGCCUAUUCCUCCUACCAGCCUACUCCCACCCAGGGCUAUCAGAAUGCAGCGGCUCCUUCCCAAAACCAGAACAUCCCUACCAUGACGCAGGCUCCUCCACAAUCUGGUGGCACAAUGGGCUACAUGGGCAAUCAGUCAGUUUCUAUGGGCUACCAGCCCUACAACAUGCAGAACCUUAUGUCAACACUCCCUGGCCAGGAACCAGGCUUGAGUAGCUUGCCACCCCAGCAGCCUUACAUGUCAGGACAACAGCCAAUGUAUCAGCAGAUGGCACCUCCUGGAGGGCCUCCACAGCAGCAGCCUCCCCCUCAGCAGGCUUCUGCCCAGGUGCAGCAGGCACAAGGGGGCAGUGGAGAGGCUCAGCUAAUUUCCUUUGAUUAAUCUUUGUCUUAUCAUGCAAGGGAGGGAUGGGUUUCUAAGACAUUGUUAACACUAUCAUCUAUUUGUCACUGCUGUACUUGCUACACCUUGCACCAUCCCCACAGUGAGGAAAGGAGAAAUGAGCCCCUGCCCCAGGUUGUCUCAUACUAGCUAUCAGAAACAACAACACACACCUGCCAUCUAUAAUGCUACUAAGAGAACCCCUGGGUAGGAGCCUGGGACUGUUGUGUUCAAAUUCUCCUCCACAUUAUUCCUUGGCUGGGGAGAGGGCUUGUCCCUUUUAACUCAACAUUAGAUGGAGAGCAGAGCAGAUCUGUUAACAUGUGACAUUGCAGGAAGCUUUUCCCUUGUGGGAAGCAGCAUUUAAGCAUACUCCACUACCAGAGCAAACAGGGUCCAACCCAGAGCAUGACCUGGGCCUGCAUUCCUGUCCUCCCCCACAUUUUACAGUUGUAUCUUGCCAAUCAAGUGGUCUUCAUUCUGCCCACCCCCAAAUCAAGUCCCCCCGUGCCCCCCUCAAUACCUUUUGAGAAUCCAUUACUUUCAACACAGUAUAUCCCAGGCCCAUAUCUUCCCAUUCCACCCCUCUUCUAUGCCACUUAUCUUCACUGCUUAUAAAGACUCGUCUCUCGUACUUAGUGGCUGGUGUAGACAGAAUGGAACCAGUGACAAUUAAAGUAAUUUAAAACUA